AGUCGAUUGGCUCAAGUGCAUAGCUUUGCUCGGAGCGCCGUUCGGAGGUUCGACAUCGGGGUAUGACAGAAGAGCUGGAGAGUCUCGUGCCGAGCACACUCUCGAGACUCUCGCAUGUCAGUGCACGACCGCUGUCCGCCGUGUGCAUUUUCGGCUGCGGGGUGCUCACUUUUGUGGCCCUUGCAAGCGCGAGAUGGGCUGGCGACGCGCCGCUUGCCCCGAGCGAAUCACUGGAGGCAGCAGCUAUCACGAGAGCCUGGGAGCCGGCUGGCCGGCCCAGCCUCUUUUGUUUUGCCCUGAUGGUGCCCAACACUGCGGAGCGUGGCUUGCUGGAAGAGGCGGCCAGGCUGAAGACGAGCCUUUUCGCCUGUGAUGAGCACAUGAUCUUCAGCAAUGAACCAGGCCAAGUCUGGGGCAGCCCCAUCUCCGUGCUGUGGGGUGUGGACUUGUGGUGCGGCAAGAACUUCACUCCCGUGGAGUUUGGGGGCGCAGGGCCCUCGGGGCCCUGGACGACCGCGAACACCCGAGUCUUCAAGAUCGUUUGGGAUGCCGUAUUGAGAAGUGGGCGCUGGAAGUACUACGACUGGACGGUGAAAAUGGACGCCGACACCGUGUUCCUCCCCUGGAAUCUGCGGGGCGCGCUCCGCCUCCCGCAGUUUGUGGACGCUCAGAACAAGCCGCAGGGAGCCUACCUCAAGAACUGCCCCAUGGGUUUGUAUGGUGGCUUGGAGGCCCUAUCCUGGCAUGCCAUUCUCGCCAUGAGCCAGCGCAUGAACCAAUGCCCCUACGUACCGCAGGAGGACGCUUGGCUGAGAACGUGCUUACAGCGCUUGGGGGUAUUCGCGGCAGAGGCCUAUGGCGCCUUUUGCCUCCGUGGCUGCGACAUUGACAUGGCCAACGUUCUGCAAUCCAAGGGGCAACCGGCGCCCGAAGGCAUGUGCCCCACCCACUACGGCAUGUGCGAAGGCCUGCAUGCCGCGUUCCACGCGUACAAGACGCCCUGGCAAUACUCGCAGUGCCACCAGAAAGCCGCAGCAGCGGUCGCGUGAAGUGAGCAAUUGUGAGCAGCAAUUUCCUGGCCAUUGUGAGCACCCAUGUUCAACCUGGCAUUCCUGCCAAGCAGUGUCGUGCGCUAAGGUUUCUUGUGCAAAGCAGCGAACGCUAUCGCGUUGCCAAUCGACCGAAGAGCGGAUGCCUGACCAGGCCGUGUUUGGGCU